AUAUCGUGUUGCCAGCCCUGGAGAUAGCUUUACCCAGCUGGCUGCGCUUCAGAGAAGUACUGCAGGAGGUUUGACCUUUGACCCGCGAGGAAGCAGCAGGCCUGAGCUGUUUUUGCUUUGGUUUCCGUCGGGAGUCCUGGAGGUCUGGCUUUGGCAGUGACCUGGGAGGGGAACGGGAGAGUCACAUGGCGUGCCGGAGCGCGGUGAGCGUAGCCGAGGCUAAUGGUGUCCUGUCGUGUGUGUCUCAUCAGAGACCUGCAUGUGUGAAGCCGUGACCAGCGAUGGAACCCUGGCCAGCAGUGGCCUGGGUCCUACUGCUGACGUUCAUCACUGAUUGGCUGGAAAUAGCCCAUUCAAGGGACUUCACAGAACAAGACAUCAUCUGUCUCCAUCCCUCAACCACUCCGUACCCAGGUGGUUUUAAGUGUUUCACCUGUGAAGACGCUUCAGACAAUUAUCAGUGUAACCGCUGGGCUCCAGACCUGUACUGCCCACAAGAAGCCAGAUACUGUUACACACAUCACGAGAUGGACGCGGAGGGCAGCAGUGUGUCGGUGACCAAGCGCUGUGUGCCCCUGGAGGACUGUCUCUCCACAGGCUGCUCUGAGGACGACCAUGAAGGACACAGGGUGUGCACAGCGUGUUGUGAGGGGAACAUCUGUAACCUAGCGCUACCCAGGAACGAGACGGAGGCCGUGUUCACCACCACCUCGCCCCUCAGCGACGCCAGCACCCUCUCACAGAGCUACGGCCUCGCCUCCGCCCUCCUCACCCUCACCUUCCUCACCUCCACAUACAUCUGAGGCGUAGACUGACGCCAGUUGUAACUGGCCGUUAAAUAACCCAGUCCUGUUGUCGGUUGGGUUCCGUUUGGCCUUUAUCUCCAGGUUGAGUCUUGGGAGAGGGGAUGUAUAUUGUUUGGACAGUCUUACCUUUGAACUUUAAAGGGAUUCAGUGUUUUUAUCCUUCCAACUUGAGCAGGGUAUGAAUAGAAGAGCACUUAGCACUGUCUGCAGCACUCUGGGUUUGCCUGCCACAUACAGCCACUAUUUCUGAGGAGCUACGGGGAUCCAACGCCGUAAACAUGAUUGUACAGGGUUACGUCAUCUCAGUCUGAAGAGAGAUGCACAGCGGGGAACUGGAGACUUUGAAAUGUCGGGAGGCAAGUCGGGACCUGCCAAGUUAGGACAUUUUAGAGUGAUGAGGAGAAUUUGAAGAACCAAGCUGGGUCUAGGGAAAUGUCUGGGGGAUUCAAACGCUUCUAAACACUUAUGUUUUCAUGUUGUCACAUUCUAAGUUGAUAUUCCAAGUUGUAAGUUUUGACACAUAUGUACAUACACAUAGUAUUUAUUUUUAUAUUGUUGUUUGUUUUUAGAAAGUGAAUGUGAGAAAAGUGUAUCCCAGUUUCUGCCUGUAGCUUAUAGCAUGUCAGUGAUGUGUAGAAUACAUUUACUUUUAACCUGGAAGGGAUGGAAUCUCUUGUUUUGUCAUCUCUGUGGAAAGUAUUUUCAUUAACAUAGAAAAGAAAAUCCUGGCAUCUUUCAUGUUCAACCCUUUAAGGUGUCCUGUGACUAUUGUCGGGGAAAAUUAAUUUCCUUGACUCUCUAAAAAAAGAAUGAUGGGACAAUUUGGGUUUAACAAUUUUUCCAGAGGAUCAAAUGGUUUGGUCUUUUCCCCCGGUCCAACCCAGGACUUUAUUUUGGGAACUUUUCUGCUGGAACAAAAUCCCAAUUCUUUGCUUUGCACACCAGUUUAACUGAGAAGCAGAAAUAAGUUACAUUACUUAACAUGCACACAAUUAGGUCUUGACAUACGUGUUCCACAGAAGAUGUUUUUCUCUCCUUUUUGUUCGUGUUUCCUGUUCAUGGGACAGGCUUUCACUCAUCUCGGUGGACUGGCUGUGUGGCCUGCCAGAAAAAUGCAGCGUUUGCAAUUACAGUGUUAUUGUUCUGUGAGCUUUAUGAUUAGUUUAGGCUGGAUGCCCGAGACUCUGAGGAGACAAGUCACUUCCCCCCUCUCUCUCUGACUCUUUCUGUGUCUCUCUAUCUGUCUUUGUCUUUCUCUGUCUCUCUCUGUGUCUCUCUCUGUUUCUCUCUGUGUCUCUCUCUUUCUGUCUCUCUCUUUCUCUUUGUCUCUUUCUCGUUGUUUUCUCUUUACUCACUUUGCCUCUCCUCGUCUCCCUGUCUCUCUCCCUCCCUGUCUCCCUCCCUUCCUAUUUCCCUCUCUCUCUCUCUUUCUGUCUGUUUUACACCUACGCACACAAACACCACAGACGCAUUAGGCCAAGAGGAGCACAGAGAAGGAACUCAGCUAACCGACACAAAUCCUUGGAGCCCUCUCCAUGCUUUGUUAACAGGUAUAUGAUGAUGUUUGUUUCAGGGGUAAAAGGGCUGGAAUAUGAACCUCGUGUGCCAACAUAUUUCUCCACACGCUGCCUUGUUGCCUUCUCGCUGAGGAAGAAGUGAGCAGUGGAGGAGCUGCAUGAUCUCCAGGCCUGUGGGGAGAUACCUGCAUGUCAGUGUUGUGCCAAUGUGAAGUGAUGUGGACUUAACAGUUUGAUGCUAUUCCUCUGUAUAUAGUUGUGUUGCGACAGUAGACACAAAUGACUUUAUACCUUCAUAUUAAAGACUUGAAACCGC